AUGGAACUCGCUACGAUGCAAGACACGGACUCCGAUCUGCUUAGUUUCGAAGCGUUUUUUACUCCGAACAACGAAGAAGAAGGAGAAGAUUUCUGGAAUUUAGCUUCAUGUGUCGGUCACGAAGAUGAUCUUCUUGAUAUGACGGCUCUAGAGCCACUUAGUCCGGUGCUGAAAGAAGAACCAUAUCAGGAGGCUGACCGGCAAGAGCAUGCUAACAAGCUUGGACUCAAGGUUGACACGAAUCUAAUCAGCAAUUUUAAGGGGGAUUGGCUUGCUCAGUAUGAAGCUGCAAUGGCGAAUCGUACACCGACAGCUUCACUACCAGCUCGUUUUGCUUUGCUUUCGACCACUUGCGUCUAUGAGCCAGGAUUCACGACAUCUCCACGUGGAAAGCGCCGUAUAAGCCAGACUCAAGGUAGACCGUUCGGGCUAGAACAUGAAGAAGAAGUAAACAGUGAAGAGAGUGACGAGGCAAGUGAAGAUGAAGAACCGUUUAAUCUGUCAAGUGACGAGUAUAAUUUGCCACUGUUUACAGAUGCUGAAUUAUCUGCCAUGGUCGAAUCACCCUCAAAGCUUUCCGCCGCUUCAACAUCAUCUGCUGUAUCUUCUCCUUUGUAUGGAUUGGAGACUACAACACCUUCACAUUUUACUGUACCACCAACCACUGAGCAAGAAAUUCCUGAAGUUAUCAGCAUGUUUAGCUCGAUCUUCGCCCCGAACUUUCAACCAGGUGUUCUGCUAGAAGCAACUAGCGAAAUUCCCCCUCCAGCACCGGUGUCCAUUUCAAAUUCAUCCAAUGCUUCAAGUGCCGCAUAUGCAGCCCCAUUCGACUACUUUUCCCCCUCUGGCUAUGUUGCUGCUGCCAACCAGUUCUUAGACAACUAUGGUCAGCAGGUUCAACCUUUUUUCUUAAACGCUGAAAAAGUGACGAGUGCACCACUUUUUCCUUACCAGCACAAUUCGGGGACGCUUAAUAAUCAACUUGUAGCGGCAAUGAAUAUAGCAAAUGUAGCAGCGAUAAAUUCAAUGCUGAAGAUGAAUGGCAGCUAUGGAGUGCCAAUUGCACCAAUGGAUCGUAAACCAGGGUCACAGCCUUCUAAAGUUGCUACACUGCGUCCUCUACAACGGGCGAUUUCAACAUCGGUUUCGUCUAGUAAAGUUUCGCGUCUUGCAAUUACGCCAGACAUUGCUGAUUUUAAGCUUGUACAGAUCUUUCAUCAAUUUUGUGAUCCUGUGAAUACGGUACUUACUUUGCCACGGUUUCAACAACUUUUGAGUCAUCAUCAUGUAAAAGAAGAGCCUUCGGGAUGCAGCUCUAAGUCGAAUACUGAAGAUGGGACCCAUGCCAAUAUAUUGAUAACGUCAGAAGCUCAGACCUUAUUUAAAGCUUUGGAUAUCAAUGAAGUGGGCGUUUUGAAUCUCGAGUGUUUUAUGCAUUCGUUUCAGAUUUGCAAUCGCUGUACGGAGAUGAAACGCCGAGCUCAUCAAGCGCUGUGUGCGAGUCAAGGACAAACAUUCACACCGACUGCACUCGAGCGACAAUUGAUGGAGGAUGUUGCACCAGUUGUUGUGCGUGUUGUACCGACAUCUUUUGAAGGUCACAAAGUCAAAAGUUGUGAUCAUUACCAAUGGACGUGGUGUGAAGGGUUUGAAAAGACUGGCAAUGAAAAAUGUCGAGGCACCAAUCGUCACGAUAAAUGCCCUAAAUAUCUGGCCAAUUAUAAUGACCUUGAAGAUAAGCUACUAGGCAAGCACGAAGAUGUAAGUGAGGCUACAACUGCUGAAGAGGAAGCCUGGCGUCAACGGCUUGAACAGUUAAGAGAUGAAGAAGAUAUGACGAUGCUGUCUUUAAAUGAAAAUGAUGUAGCAAGCAGUCGAACUUCACUGAUGUGGGAUCUAAGCGACCGGAACAUGGUUUUUGCGAUACAAAAAGGAGCAACAGAUCUAGUCGAAGACGACGAGGACGAUGAAGUUUUUGGUAGCGCUGAGGAAGGUGCCGACGAGGACGAGGAGUAUCAAGAAUCAACCGAUCAUGGAGAUGAUAAUGAUGGGUUUGAUCUUGAUCGAUUGACGCAAGUAAUGACCCGAGACUCGUACGCCUCGAGUUUUGAGUCCUUUCGAAACGAGGAAUCGCAGGUGUUUCGGGACACGGAGCUCGAUGGUAAUACCGCUGACAUGUCCGACACGUUUUUGGCUUCUACCCUCAGUUCAAGUCUGCGGGACUCUGUUCAUACUAGCACUUUUUUGGAGAACGAAAGUGUAGACGUGCAGGUCCAAGAAGAUCAAGAACAAGAACGAAAUGAUCAAAAAGAUGAAGAGCUUAUGACUGAAAAGCCUCGAAGCUCGAGUUUGCCUACUCGAUCGCGUGCAGCGAAGAAGAAGAAACGAAGUAAGAAAUCCAUGCGCAAAUAG